AUGACCGAACUAGAGUGCCCCGACGACGACCGCUCCAUCGAGCUGUCCUCCAUCGCCGCCAUCUUCCCGGAGAUACAAAUACAACCCGGGUCACCUUUUAAAGCAGCGCUUGAACUGCCUGUUGUUCCAUCGUCGCCAAUAUCCGUCUGUUUUCAACAGCCAGUCGAUGCCGCUCUCAACGCCACCAUUACCCCUCCAACUUCUUUGGAUGAAUUCAAAGGAGAACUUGAGCAGCCACCUGUGAAGGAUGUUCAUAUCCUGACAUAUUUACCCCCUCUCAGACUCGAAAUCGAAUUGCCCGAUGGUUACCCUACCAAGAAGCCACCAAUCGUACAUUUGACAACAGUUUCAUCUUGGCUGCCAGCAUCGGUUAUCGAUCGGUUAUCUGACGACUGCCGCCGACUUUGGGAGGAAUGUGGAAAUGAUCUGGUUGUUUACACAUAUAUUGAUCAUUUGCAACAAUUGGCGGAAACAACUUUCGAUAUACGAACCGCAUCGGGGGAAGUGUGCUUAUCGCGGGAUCUCAAAGUGGCGCUAUUGGACUUCAAUAUAAAAGCGGAGCAGGACAAAUUCGACCAGGGAACUUUCGAAUGCGGAGUUUGCCUCGAACCAAAGAAGGGUUUACUUUGUCAUCGAUUGCUGCGGUGUUCCCACGUCUUUUGUGUCAGUUGUCUACAAGACUUCUACGGAACCUGCAUCCACGAGGGCGAUGUAGAUAGCGUUAAAUGCAUGGCACCGGACUGUGAGCUCAACAGGAGACCGCCGGCACAGGGCGAUGGUCAGACACCGCCGCGCAAGAAGCGAUAUCCUAGUAUUGGACCUAGCGAGCUCCUACAGAUCCCACUGCCUCCCGAGGUAGUACAGCGAUAUGUUUUCCUCAAACGCAAAAAGAAGAUCGAAGCCGAUAAGAACACUGUUUAUUGUCCCCGAGAAUGGUGCCAAGGAGCAGCACGAUCCAAACGUCACCCGAAACCCGAAGACCCAAUGACCGAUGAUUUAGAGAUGUCUGAUGAUGAAGAUGCAUUUGAUCCUCUCGGCCCCGAAGACCAACUGCCCCCAAUGGCAGAACGUGUAGCCAUUUGUGAAGACUGCAACUACGCAUUCUGCUCUGUCUGCAAAAAAGGCUGGCACGGGGAAUUAAUACGUUGCUACCCCCGACGUGCGGGUGAGAAAUCCGAGGAAGAAAAGGCAACCGAAGAGUAUCUGCGCCUGUACACAUCCCCUUGUCCUACCUGCAAUGUGCCUUGCCAGAAACAGAUGGGUUGCAAUCACAUGCGCUGCUUCCAGUGUGACACACACUUCUGUUACCUUUGCUCGAGUUGGCUGUCUGCCGACAAUCCAUAUCAACACUUCAAUACCCUGGAGAGUAAAUGCUACAACCGGCUCUGGGAUUUGGAAGGGGGUGAUGGUCUCAACCCAGACGGAGCCGAGGCACUUCAUCGCAUCCCUGAAGCACUUCUGGUUUUUGAUGAUCCACUGCCGGAAGUCAUCCAUGAGGAGGCCGAAGAAAGCGACGGAGAUCAGCCGGCAUUUGAAUUCGACAAUGAUGAAGACGACCUACACCACCGACAUCCACCUCCACCCGCCCCAGUUCCACCCCGCGUCAACGCCGGAGGUCGACGACCCGGUAGACGCGACCACGCCGCAGCCCGUGCUGCUGCCGCCGAACGCCGAGCUCAAGCUCGCGCCAUGGCCGAGGUUAGAGACCGCAACAACCGAGAUGAGCCCCGGAGACCGAUCCGAUGGGCGGAUAUUCCUCCGGCGCCUCAUCCCCAAGGACCUCUCGGUUAUCUCGGCCCGCCCCUUGUUAAUGACGAUGACGAGCCUAAUGCAUGGGACAUUGACCAUCAACGACAGCAGGAUGAAGCUCGUGCUGGCCUUCAACGCUUUUUAGCCCUCGUGCAAAACGACCGCGAGGAUGAAUGGGAUAGCGACGAGUUAGAUGAUGACUUUUAA